CAUUACAACCCAUUUAACUCUCAUAACUAGGGUUUCAAUUGUUAUCCUUCUCUUUUGUCAACUUUUGGAUCUCAUUCUCGCCGUUUUUCUCUCUACCUCUUGUUCCUCUUGGUGCUUUUUGCGAUUAAGCCGGCGCUCCCCUUUCUCGGUCUUGACGACCGGCCUGAGAUCAAAAGAAAGGCUUCGAUCUUUAAUUUUCAUGGCUAUUUUGAUCCUUUUCACCUACCUUCGAGAGGAUUUCACCAUCAUGGAUAAAACCUCCCAAAAUCUGCACGGCAACAACCAAAGCAACCAGCUGAAAGAUUCGGGAGUCACUGGCAGGGAGAGGAUGAAUGUAAUUCCAGAGAUUGAUGCACCCGGGGAACGGGUCAUCUACGACGUGAAUAAUCCUCGGUGGCUUUCAUCACUGCUGCUUGGGAGGUCGAGUUCCGACGUUCCGAGCACGGAUGUAAGGGAGGCAAUGGCGCCUGGCCGUGUUGUGUUGGGGGAUGCAUAUUACGACAGCCAACCCACAAGAGGACCAGGAGGAAAUGACAGUGGUGGUGGAGAUGGGGAUAGGGAUUUCUCGAUGUUGUCGGGCAUAGCAGCCCCGCCGGCGAUCCAACAGUCCGUGGGGCGGACUGCGAGAACAGCAUCUGAGUCGGAUUUGGAUAGUGGAGAGUCGCUGCAGCCGAGACCCUUCAAGUGCGCUCGUAGAGAGACUAAUAUAAUUCCUGCGAUUGAUGCAACAGAGGGACAAGUCAUCUACGACGUGGAUAAUCCCCGGUGGCUUUCAUCGCUGUUUCUUGGGAGGUCGUGUUCUGACGUUCCGAGCAUGGAGACAACCGCUAAUGGCCGCGCUGUGUUGGGGGAUGCAUAUUACGACAGCAAUCCAAUAGGAACAGGAGGAAAUGAUAGUGGUGGUGGGGAUGGGGAUAGGAAAUCUUCAUCAUCGUCUGGGAUAGAAGCGGCGGCGGUGAUGCAACAGUCGAAGGGGCAGACGGCGAGAAUGGCAUCCGCAUCAGAUUUGGAUGCGGAUGCGGAUAGUCGAGAGUCGCUGCAGCUAGCCAAGGAGGAUGAGGAGUCUGUGAACUGAGCUGAACUGAAAAGCUGAGCUGAUAUGCGGUAGAAGGUGAUGAAAAUUAAACUUGUUCAAAAAAAUUUCAAACAAAGCGCAGUAUUUUUUAUCAAGCAUUUACUGGUUUUUAAGUGACGGUUUAUUUACUGAAGUUAUUGUUAGAACAAACCCUUUGAUAUAUAACUGCGUUUGCAUUUA